AUGGCGCAUCUCUACCCGCAUCUACGACUGCACCAGGUGUUCGGGGCGAACACCGAUGUGGGCAAGACGAUCUUCACCACUGCGCUCUGUCUCGCCUCCUCAGCCCUGCCCCUCUCUGCCACGACCACCCCACCGACGGAUGUCUUCAGCGCCGCCGCCCAAGGCCAGGGGGAGCAGGUGCACUAUCUCAAACCCGUCUCCACCGGCGCCUUGACCGACUCGGACGAUGUCCACAUCGCCCGCCACUCCCCUUCGACCCGCUACAAGACGCUGUACCGAUUCAGCGAGCCCGUGUCGCCGCACCUGGCGGUCGAGCUCGAACGCCGCGCAAGGCUGGCGGAGCGCGAGGUAGGACAGGAACCCUCCCCGCCGACCGACGAGGAGUUUGUUCGUGACGUUGGGAGGUGGAUCCAUGCUGCUGCGGCAGAAACGGGACAGGGAGUGGCGUACGUCGAGACGGCAGGCGGGGUGCAUUCGCCGGGCCCAUCGGGGCUGUCGCAGAGCCAUUUGCUGAGGCCACUGCGAUUGCCGACCGUGUUGAUCGGAUCAGCCGAGUUGGGCGGCAUCAGCACCACCAGGUCGGCAUACGAGUCGCUGUUGGUUGCAGGGUACGAUGUCGAGGCGGUGCUGCUGUUCCCUUCGGAGAGGUAUGGGAAUGUGGAGUAUCUCCGACGGUUCUUUGCGGAAGAGCAUGGCGUGCCGGUGUUUGGGCUGGGCGGACCUAAUGCUGAAGGCGUAUACGGUCCACCUCCCACGCGCAACCUCGACAACGCAGCGGAUCGAGCAGCAAUGAUGCAGUUCUACCGCGGUCUUGUCGCGGGUCAUCCCGAUCCGCCUUCCGCCGAACACGACGAGGGGGGCGUCUACUCGGUCAUCCGACAUCUUCGCGCCAAACACGCCGCGCGCAUCGCCAACUUGGGCAGCAUGGCCCAACGCACACGCGAUACCGUCUGGUGGCCCUUCACCCAACACCAGCUGACACGAACGAACAAAGAAGUCAACGUGAUCGAUUCCGCGCACGGCGACUUUUUCGCUACGCUCGAUCAGCGUGGUUCGGCGAAGAGUCUCUUGCAGCCGGUGUUGGACGGGAGCGCCAGUUGGUGGACCCAGUGUUUGGGGCAUGCGCCACAACGGUUGGUGUUGGCGGCGGCGCAUGCGGCGGGGCGGUAUGGACAUGUGCUGUUUCCUAAUGGGACGCAUGAACCUGCGUUGCAGCUGGCAGAGGUGUUGACGGGCAAGGGGGUGGAGGGGGCGAGUUUGGAGAGCAACCCCGGGUCGGGCUGGGCAGAUAGGGUGUUUUUCAGUGAUGAUGGGAGUACGGGGAUGGAGGUGGCGCUCAAAAUGGCGCUUCAAUCCGCCAUUACCAGGUAUGGGAACAAGGCGAGCUCAGAAAAGGCAGCGGAGAAGGCAAAGCCCGGCCAGCAAGCGGGGUAUAGGGGUGGAAGGGCCAAGCAGGAAUGGGAGGUGUUGGGAUUGAAGGGCAGUUAUCAUGGAGAUACCAUCGGUGCGAUGGACGCGUGCGAGCCGAGCGUGUAUAGCGAGGCGGUGCACUGGUAUAGGGGACGAGGGUUUUGGUUCGAUGCGCCGACGGUUGAGGUGCGCAACGGAGGGGUGGUGGUUAGUCUUCAGGUUGCGGAUCAGGACGUUGCGGAUCGGAUGCGUGCACGACACUUGCCGGCAUCGCUGGCGAUCGGAAAGAAGGACGGCUUGAUCUUCGAACAUUCAUACGCAUCGAUGCAGGAGGUGUACGACGUCGAGUCGAGGUUGCGCAGCGAUCCGUUGGUCGAGGUGUACCGCACUUCGAUCCGCGAUCAGCUGCGCAUGCUGACGGUGGAGCAGGGACGCAAGUUCGGCGCGCUCGUGCUGGAGCCGCUGGUGAUGGGUGCGGGCGGGAUGGUGUUUGUCGACCCGCUGUAUCAGCGUGUGUUGAUCGACGUGUGUCGUGCCAGUGAAGAUUUGUUUUCGCUUAGCGACGCGCCUCUUACGCCACCAUCCACCCCUCUUAAGGAGAGAGAGGGCUGGCAAGGCAUCCCCGUCAUCUUCGACGAAGUCUUUGCGGGGCUUUACCGCUUGGGACCCUGCACGCCUGCAACGGUGCUCGGGGUGACACCAGACAUCUCGGUGCUCGCCAAGAUUCUGACGGGUGGCAUGGUGCCCAUGUCGGUGACGCUUGCGAGUAGCUCCAUCUUUGAUGUCUUCAACAAGUCCGAUUCCAAAGUGGAUGCGCUGCUUCAUGGACACAGCUACACGGCCCAUCCGAUCGGGUGUGCGGUGGCGCUCGAGACGCUCAAGGCGAUCAGCGAGCUGCGCACUUCUCCGGCCUGGCAGGCGUGUCAAUCGGACUGGUCGACAAGCGAAGGAGCGGGCGUUUGGUCCUUCUGGUCGAAAGAAGCGGUUGAGCGGUUCGCGGCGCUGGACAACGUCGAUCACGCCAUCGCCAUGGGAUGCGUGCUCAAAGUAACCCUCAAAGACACCGGGAGCGGAGGGUAUACGAGCACCGCCUCGGUCGACAUCCUCAAAAAGCUGCGCUAUGGGAGCAGUGCCGAGCAGGGCCACCCGAGUGUACCCGUGGAGGAAGGGGAGGAGAAGCUGCCGUACAAUGUGCAUGCAAGACCGCUGGGGAACGUCAUUUACCUCAUGUCGAGCUUGAACAGUCCCAAGGAGGUGCUUAGGUUGUCCGAACGGGUGCUGUAUCGGGCCAUCGAGGAGGCUCAAUAG